AUGUUGGCCGCGGAGCUAAACUUCCCCAACCCUCCCUCGGACCAACCUCAGUGGCUCGCUCUUGCCCAAGCUGUCUGGAACACACAGGCCGACCCGGACCGACACGAUGAGUACUGUGGUGGUGGUAUGCGCUGGCAGAUUCCUCUGUCGAACAACGGUUACAAUUACAAGAACACUAUUGCAAACGGUUGUUUCUUCAACAUUGGCGCCCGUCUUGCACGCUUCACCGAUAACUCUACCUAUGCUAAGCACGCGGAAGAUACUUGGGACUGGCUUGUGGGCGUUGGCUAUAUUGACGACAAGUGGAACGUCUAUGACGGCGCUCACAUCGAGACCAACUGCACCGACAUCAACAAGGCCCAGUUCUCGUACAACGCUGCCGUUCUCUUGCAGGGCGCCGCUUUCUUGUACAACUAUACCGAGAAGGAUAUCUGGCAGACUAGGAUCAACUCGCUUCUUGACAGGACCAUCGAAGUCUUUUUCGAGCAUGAGGUCGCCUACGAGGUGUCGUGCGAGCCCGAGCUCACAUGCACAACCGACAUGUACAGCUUCAAGGGAUAUCUCCACCGCUGGCUUAACCAGGUGUCCCAGCUCGCCCCCUUCACCAGCGAAAGGAUCCGCCCGCUCCUUAGGACAUCGGCUGAGGCAGCCAUCCAGAAAUGCAUCGGCGGAGACUCUGGACGCGCUUGCGGCUUCAGCUGGACCGCUGAUGCCUUUGACGGCAAGAUGGGCGCAGGCCAGCAGAUGAAUGUCCUCGCCGCCGUCUCCGGCCUUCUAAUCGGCAGCGCGGGCCCCCACUCACUGCCAAGACCGGAGCGCGAGCAUAGACCCCUUACUACGGGCGACAAGGCUGGCGCUGGUAUCCUGACUGCUCUUAUCCUCGCCGCGGCGACAGGCACCUUUGGGUGGAUGAGCUGGGAGAGGUAA